UUGAAAACUCGCAGUCCAUCGCACUGAGCAGAAGAGGAGCAGCACAACUAAAUGUGACUUAUCUGAGCAUCAUUACAUCUGCGCCUCCGGGAGACGAAGACGAGACGCACUCUGAAGGAGAACACAACGCGAUCAGAGCCUCCCGGAGUUACAUGAUAUCAUUAUAUAUGUCUACAACAUCUCUCGCGACGUGUCGACUGUUUGUUUCUCUCUAAUGUUUCCAACCAUCUGAGACGAGGGGGAUUUAUUCCUUCUAUUGUUCUUUGCUUUUCAUUGACUCUUAAUAAAAGCAGCCAAAAACGAAUAAAUACGGGUCAUUAUGGUUUUGUUAACAUUGCAUAAUAGAAGAGGGUUGAAUUGCUUGUGCGUGCAGUUCUUGCUGUGGAUUUUAUGUGCGGUGGACGGAGAGGAACAGCAAUUCAGUGUGGAGGCUUGGUUGCAGAGGUAUGGCUACCUCCCUCCCACAGACCCCAGAAUGUCCGUCCUGAGGUCCACUCAGACCAUGCAGUCUGCUAUCGCUGCCAUGCAGCGUCUCUACGGCCUUAACAUCACCGGCGCACUGGAUAAAAACACCAUUGAUGAUAACACCUUAAGCUGGAUGAAAAAGCCACGUUGUGGGGUGCCAGACCAGUUCGGAGGUGCCUCAAAACUUAGCGUACGAAAAAGACGUUACGCCCUCACGGGGCAGAAAUGGCAACAUAAACAUAUCACAUACAGCAUAAAAAACGUCACACCUAAGGUGGGCGCGGAGGAGACGCACAACGCCAUUCGCCGGGCGUUCGAUGUGUGGCAGAACGUCACGCCGCUGCGGUUCGAGGCAGUGCCCUAUAGCGACCUGGAGCGCAACAAGAAAGACGUGGACAUUACUAUCAUUUUCGCCUCUGGUUUCCAUGGCGACAGCUCUCCCUUCGAUGGAGAAGGGGGUUUCCUUGCACAUGCCUACUUUCCAGGUCCGGGAAUCGGAGGAGACACACACUUUGAUUCGGAUGAGCCCUGGACUCUAGGGAACCCGAAUCAUGACGGGAACGACCUCUUCCUGGUUGCGGUACACGAGCUGGGUCAUGCGUUAGGCCUGGAGCACUCCAAUGACCCCACUGCCAUCAUGGCACCUUUCUACCAGUACAUGGACACAGAGAACUUCAGACUGCCACAAGACGACUUGCAGGGCAUCCAGAAAAUUUACGGACCUCCAGAUAAACUUUCUCAGCCUACAAGACCUCUACCGACAGUCCCACCCGCCCGCUCACACCCACCCGUAGAUCCACGCAAAAACGACAGGCAGACGCGGCCCCCACGAAUACCAACUGGCGACAAACCAAUGCACCCGAACGCUAAGCCAGACAUCUGUGACGGUGGCUUUAAUACUCUAGCCAUCCUCAGAAGGGAGAUGUUUGUGUUUAAGGACCAUUGGUUUUGGAGGGUCAGAGAUAACGCUGUGAUGCCGGGUUACCCCAUGCUCAUCAAUGUCUUCUGGAGGGGUUUACCACCCAAGAUUGAUGCAGUCUAUGAGAAUAGCGAGGGCAAAUUUGUUUUCUUCAAAGGGAAGCAGUUCUGGGUAUUCAAGGACACAAUGGUACAGCCUGGCUACCCCCAGGACAUUUCAAUGUUUGGAAACGGCAUGCCAGCACAGAGCAUAGAGACGGCCGUCUGGUGGGAGGACGUGGCCAAGACCUACUUCUUCAAAGGAGAUAGGUAUUGGAGAUAUAAUGAAGACAUGAGAACGAUGGAUCCUGGCUAUCCCAAGUCCAUCACAGUGUGGAAGGGAGUUCCAGAUUCUCCGCAGGGAGCGUUCGUGGAUAAAGCCAAUGGUUUUACAUACUUCUACAAGGGUAAAGAGUACUGGAAAUUCAACAACCACAGGCUACGGGUCGAACCAGGCUAUCCUCGGUCCAUCCUGAAAGACUUCAUGGGAUGCGACCUCAUGCCCACCGAUCCCGAUCGGCAACCAACGGAAGACGUGGAUAUUGUGAUCAAACUUGACAAUGAAGCCAGUACGGUCAAAGCUAUAGCAAUCGUCAUUCCCUGCAUCUUGGCGCUCUGCUUGCUGGUAUUGAUCUACACCGUCUUUCAGUUCAAGAGGAAGGGUACACCUCGACACAUACUGUACUGCAAACGCUCCAUGCAGGAAUGGGUGUGAGCCAGAGCCACCCAGGUCUGCAUCCCCCUCCAUAGCCACAAGACAUGGUGGUGUAACCACCCUAAACUUGCGGACUUUGGUUCUUGACCUGCGUCUCGUUCAAAGAGGACAGCGAGGGUCUUUGCUUUGAUUCCCCCUUCCAGGAGGUUAUGGGUUCAUUCCCACAAAACUUCCCACUCUUCGCCCAUUGGCCCGGUUGCACCUGUUGUAGGACUUGCGGGAGUCUUGCAGAUAGUUCUUUGUGCAUUGUGACAGCCACUUCAGGUCUUCACUGUUCUAUGUGGAAAUUGCUGAUUGCUAUACCUAUAGGUUUUACGACUGCACGCUCAAAACGAAAAAAAAAAAUCAAAUUGUCGCAGGAGCCCAGUUCAAGGUUUACCACCUUUUAGUAUUUUCGCUUCUAUAAUUUAUUUUAAACUGAAAAUUUACAAUUCCCUUUAAAGCACUCCCAAACCAAAUAAAAGACUCCAAAGAGGAUCUUUUUUUCUUUUUACAGUCAUAAUUUUUCAAAUCUAUUUCUUUUCUAUAAAUAUUUUUGCUCAAAAUAUUUUGCAGUGAUAUGUAUUGGGGAAGUCUUGACUGUUGUGGCAGUCUGUCUCAAAAACAGGGGCCAAAAUAUUCUGCAAUAUUUUAACAGCCUUAAUUAUGGAUUGUGUUGUUUGCUUUUGCUUUUGUUUGUUUUUGUUCUUGUUUUAUUCUAUUUUAAUUUUUGAGUACUGCUUUGUUUUGUCUGUCUGAAAAGCAGUGCAAUAUUGCUUUGCUCCCUUUGUUUUGAGAUCAGAGACCGUGGUUAACCUCAUUUUGCCAGGGGCCGCCCAACUACUGGAGAAAGGGCAGGAUUCCUUCGCCUUGGCCUAACAUGAAGCAUAUCAAUCAAAACAGAGGGAAGACAAAUUGAAAGACAAAUUGGAAGACAAUGACAAAUAUUUUAUUGCAAUAGUCUGACGUGUUAUUUCAUUCUGCGAGUAGUACUGCAACUGCAACGGAAAUGCUUGAAUCAUUAUCAUGCUGAACGCUCACUCAUUUGAUCGUGUUUACACGGACAGAGAUUUGAAAGUACGUAUCUUCCCUUUCCGAAAGGUUGCUGUUCAAGUCAGAGCAUGUCAUCUCCUUCGGACUGCCUUGUUUAUCGGUCUGGAUCCUUGAACCUUGACAUAUGCUCUACAGGAACCAGAACCCAGAACCACAAGAGCAACUCAGGACAGUGCUUGAUUUUAAAGUGUAUGCAAGCCUUCCUCAUCCAGUCCUGUGUCUUUAUUAUCAGUAUAAUAUCUCGCCAUUGCUUGCUAUUGGAAGUUUCUGCAAUAGGAUUGGACUGUAUUUUUUUAAUUUUUUUAUUUGUAAACAGAGUCAGAAAUCUCAGUUUGGUUCAUGCCUUGCAGUCCGACUCUAGACUCUGACUCCUUUGCAUCGGAAGGACCUUUGAACAUACAGUUAUUUGCUUGCAUUAACAUUAUUUUUUUUUUGUUUUCUCUUUAUUUGGUACAACACAAUUGAACAAAUUGAAUUGUCUCAACCUCAAGGUUAAAGUGGUACUUAAAAGCGCUGAGCUGUCAUCCAGCAAGUUUCCUUUAUACCUGACAAAAGCAGAUAGAAUAGAAAACGUAUGCUGAUACACUCCAGUCUAAAGGAAACAAUGUGUUUCUGGCAAGCUGUGUUUUAAUGUGUGUCUGUAUUGAUGCUAGAUUUUUUGUUAUUGAAAAAAAGAAAGAAAAAAAAACGGGACUUCAAAUUCAUGUGCUUCAUGACUUGGUUUGGGACAAAUUGUUCUGACAGGCUUAAUAAAUUAAUCAGUAUAUGAUUAAAAUGCCUAUUACUUCUUUGUUUACAUUUACAUAAAAGAUCAAUGUAAGCCUCUCUCCACUUACAAAAAGUAUCAUUAUAUUACCAUGUUUUUUUUUAACAUUUACUAUGGUAAUAGCAUGGCUUUGUGGACCUGUACCAUGGUAAUGCCAUGCUUUAUAAAUCUGUUUUUAGGACAUGUACUAUGGUAAUAUCAUGGUAUUCUUUUAAGUACCUUGGAGUACCAUGUAAAUACCUUGGUAUUUGGUAAUCAUUUUAAUACCAUGGUACAUAUCAAAGUACUAUGGUAUUACCACCUGACACACUCACUGUAUCAUGGUACCACCACAGUACUUUUUUGUUAGGGUCUUUAGGCUUCAGUGUCCUUUUUAUUUUCUAUCACACUUCUAAUAUUUGUAUUUGUGUGUGUGUGUGUCAGUGAGUAUGCAUGUACUGUAUGCAUUUGUGGUGCUAAAUAUUUCCGAGAAUAUCAGCCCAUCAGACAAGUCAACUUUCAAUUUGAAUAAUUGAAAGGAAACUGCAAUCACAUUAUAUAAAACAGAGUAGGACCAAACCUGGAUAGAGCUGAAUAUCUUAAAGGUGGUAUGUAUCCUGUGGUUAAAUUUACCUAUAAUAAGAAUCAGAGCAUAAUAUAUGAGAUGGCGGUGGGCAGAGGCAUUUAGAACAUGCCAAGUUUAAAAUAGUAAUCAGAGACACGUGUGGAUUCUGAUUUGCUCUCGAAAUGCUGGCAUGGCGAAUGAGCUCAGCUCGGGCGUCCAACUGCUAUCUACGUUCCAAUUCAAAUCUAGCUCAGAAGAUUCACUGCGGCCACGAUUACUGCAAGCAUGAUGUCUGAAAUGCAGGAAUUUCUGUGUUUUUCAAAUGUCUCUGAAUCUUAACCGACCAGCAUUGUUGAUAAGCAUUUAAAAAGUCUUAAUUGCGUGAAUAAGGGAGAAAAAUUUGAAAAAGUAGGAAUGAAUAAAACCUGUGUAUGUGUUUGCUCAGUAGAUAAAAGUGAGUCUGGUCUCUUGUUGUGAGAGUUUUCUGUCUAGCUGACAGAACUAACUGGACCUACACUAGUGUCAUCCUUUUUUCAUUUGGUGCUGUAUUAUUUUAGACAUGGAUUUAAACUUACAAUGAAGGUCCAUACAGGAACAAUGUAUUUGCAUUCAUGUAGCAUUAGUCGUCAAGGUGCAUGGUUUAGUAGCUCACGUAUAUUUCUUGUAUGUUCGGCGAAGGCCUAAAGAUGCAGACACACUAGGAUUUGUGCACACAAAAUUACUUCGGACCUUGCAGCGAAGGAUAUGAUGUCACGCUCUAUGGCUUUUGUUUUGUCUGUUUGCUUUACAACAUAUAAUUUUCCAAACUAAUCGUCUGAAUUCCACAAACUCAUAGCCUUAGCAUCUGUGCUAAUUUGAUUCACCCUCAUUUUCACUUAUACUCUUUCCUUUUCCUGUUCAUCAUCUUGCCAUCCUGAUUACAUUAGACGCAAUGUUUUACCCUCCAAAAAAGAAAAUGAAUGGAAAGUCUGAAGAACAUUUUUAUAGUCUUUUUCAUUCUGUCUGUAUUCCUGCAUUUGUGAUGUAUCUGUUGACGAUCCAUUUCAUUGAUAAAUAAACAUGUUUGAACAUA